AUGCGGCAUCCGGAUGUGGUCCACUCUAUUGCCAUCAAUCCAUGUGUUUUGCUGAGGCUAGACCAUUACAAAGGCACAAAUGCCAAGGUGCUGGUUGUCUACGACUAUGCCACCAGCCCUGGGGCCUCAUGUAUAAACAGUGCUUUUAUUCAUGAUUACGUGUCUCACGAAAGUGAGUUAAACUCUGAAUUUGAUCCGAUUUCGGUACAGCUUCGGGACCCCAGGCAUGAAAAACUCUUAAACAAACUUGUUGACAUUUCAAAGAGGUUAGAUGGUGAUGAAGAACUUCAGCAAUUAAUUAACGACGUCCAACCAAGCAGGGAGACAUUCCUACAGGUUGCACAUCAGUUAUUUUGUAAUGGAAAUUUGAACUGGGGCCGCCUGAUAGCUUUAUUUUACUUUGCCUGUAAAUUGGCAAUGAAGGCUUUAAGGCAGAAAGCCGAAGAAAUUGUGACAUGUAUAAUAUCAUGGACAAUUAAUUAUAUCAGGGAGCAUCUGCUUAUUUGGAUCAUGGAUCAGGGUGGUUGGGAGGGAAUCCUCUCAUAUAAUCAAUCUUUGUGGCCUACAGUAGGUGUGUUCAUAGCGGGAGUCAUAACGGCAGUGGUGGCCAUGCGGCGACUGUCAUGA